GCCCGCAAGAAAUGCUCUAACCAUUAAACAAGAACCAACAAACCAGAGUUCUCAUGCAAGAAGAAAGGUCUUCUGUAAUUCCACUAGACUAGUUCAUUCAUUCUUCAAUUUCCUCUUCACCUCGACUAUAUGUCAGCAUAAUAUCAGUUGAACACUAACGUACAAUAGCAAGAAAAGGAAAUAAGCUAUAUAUAUAUAUAGUCAGCAUGGCAAGCAUUAUACAUUCAACACAAGGAGAAAUGGGAAAGAUAUUUUGGCUUCACCGUAGGCAUUUUCACCGGGAAAUGCUGUCAGCUAAUCGAGUUAAAGGUGCACAAGGAGCACGGCAGCCGGUGCCAGAAAAGAGGCCAGGACACAGGCAUGCUCUGGCAUUCAGUGCUGCUGGUAUGGUGAGAAAUCCCCAAGCUCUAGCAUCUGAAGCUUCCACCGCAGAACAAGAGAUGCAGGCUCAGACACCUCUCACUUACAAUGAAAAGAUGCUAGCAAACUAUGUCCCAAUCCAUGUGAUGCUCCCAUUGGGAGUUGUUACAGUUGAUAAUGCCCUAGAGGACAAAGACGGGCUUGAGAAACAGCUCAAGGAGCUACGAGCAGCUGGUGUGGAUGGGGUAAUGGUAGAUGUCUGGUGGGGGAUCGUAGAAUCCCAGGGGCCUAAGCAGUAUGAUUGGACUGCUUAUAGGAGCUUGUUUCAGCUAGUUCAAGAAUGUGGAUUGAAGUUACAAGCUAUAAUGUCGUUCCACCAAUGUGGAGGGAAUAUAGGAGAUAUUGUUAACAUCCCACUUCCCCAAUGGGUACUUGACAUUGGUGAAUCAGACCCUGAUAUCUUUUACACCAAUCGCACGGGUAACAGGAACAAAGAGUACCUCAGUCUUGGUGUGGAUAACCAGCCUCUCUUUUAUGGACGAACUGCUGUUGAGAUAUACAGUGACUACAUGAAGAGCUUCAGAGAGAACAUGUCAGAUUUUCUAGAAAAUGGACUCAUAAUAGACAUUGAAGUGGGGCUUGGACCUGCAGGGGAACUAAGGUAUCCCUCUUAUCCACAAAAUCAAGGAUGGGUUUUUCCAGGCAUCGGAGAAUUUCAGUGCUACGACAAAAUUCUCAAGGCAGAGUUCAAAGAGGUUGCAACAAGUGUAGGCCAUCCCGAGUGGGAAUUGCCAGAUAAUGCAGGGACAUACAAUGACACACCUGAAUCAACAGAGUUCUUUGGAUCAAAUGGUACAUACCUUACUGAGAAAGGGAAGUUCUUCUUGACUUGGUACUCUAACAAGUUACUGAGCCACGGUGACCAGAUCCUGGAUGAAGCAAAUAAAGCUUUCCUAGGCUUGAAAGUCAAGUUAGCAGCCAAAGUUUCUGGAAUCCACUGGUGGUAUAAAGCAGAUAAUCAUGCUGCAGAGCUUACUGCAGGAUACUACAAUUUGAAAGAUAGAGAUGGCUACCGACCUAUAGCAAGGAUGCUGUCUAGGCAUUAUGCAAUUUUGAAUUUCACUUGUCUUGAGAUGAGGGACUCUGAACAAAGUGCUGAUGCCAAAAGUGGACCUCAGGAACUUGUUCAGCAGGUAUUGAGUGGAGGAUGGAGAGAGAACAUUGAAGUCGCAGGAGAGAAUGCUCUUUCAAGAUAUGACCGUGAUGGUUACAAUCAAAUCCUUCUAAAUGCUAGACCUAACGGUGUCAACAAUGACGGCCAACCAAAUCUAAGGAUGUAUGGGGUGACAUUCCUUCGUUUAUCAGAUGAUCUAUUGCAGAAUACGAAUUUUAAUAUAUUCAAGACAUUUGUGAAGAAGAUGCAUGCUGAUCAGGAUUACUGUCCAGAUCCAGAAAAGUACAGUCACCAUAUAGGUCCACUGGAGCGAUCAAAACCAAAGAUGACGAUUGAAGAUCUGCUAGACGCAACUGAACCAAUGGAGCCAUUCCCAUGGGACAAAGAAACAGAUAUGAGCGUGGGUGGUGCACUUGCUAAUUUGAUAGACAAGAUCUUUUCCAUAUUUAAGUGAAAACACAGCCAAAUGGGAAAAGAAGAAGUAGUUAAAGAAUAAAAAACAAAAAAGAAAAGUUGGAUCACUGACUUAUAAAAAGCCAUACUGUGGCAAUGUUGAAACAACUUUGGUUAUCUGCUUUUCAAAUAAAAGAAUUGAAUUCCCAUUUCUGCAUCAAA